AUGGCACGCUCUUUCAAGAUGAUCGCGCAGCCUGUCCACCUUUUGACCUCAUCUCGACCCUCGAUUCUAGUUUGCCGAUCCCUUUGGCGUCGAAAACUCGACUCGGUGUCUUUCGUGCGUCUAUGCACCACAAGGGCCGAGAAACAUCACGUCAAGUAUGACUGGAUCGAGGGUGUAGAGAGACUUGAAGAAUAUCAACCUGGGGGGUAUCACCCCAUCAUGAUUGGGGACGUGUUACAUGGCCGUUAUCGCAUCGCAGACAAACUGGGCUUUGGGGGCUAUUCGACGGUUUGGCUUGCCCGAGAUACUUAUCUGAACCGAUAUGUUACUCUCAAGGUCAGCGUGGCUAACUCGAUCCAACACGAGACUAAAGUCCUUAAAGCUCUAUCUUCUCCGUCUCCAUCGUCUUCGCCAGAACAUCCUGGGCGUGACUUAGUACCUGUUUUCCUAGAUGAAUUCAAAGUGCAAGGUCCUAAUGGGAAACAUACAUGCUAUACGGUGGCCCCUGCACAAUGCAACCUUAAAGAGGUCUCUUUCAGCCGUCUUUUCCCCAAGGAAGUUGCUCGAGCACUAUCAUAUCGACUCGCACAGGCCGUUGCUUAUAUACAUUCACAAGGCUAUGUUCAUGGAGAUAUUCAUUUAAAUAACAUUUUGUUCAAGCUCCCGUCAAGUUUCGAUGAGCUUUCUAUCCAGCAAUUCUAUGGAAGAUUCGGUGAACCCGAGACAGUUCCCGUCACACGGUGUGACGGAGAACCAUUACCUCCCAAUGCUCCAGCGAAAGCUGUUGUGCCGCUAUUUAUAGGGAAAUCUGCGGAGGAGUUCGCAUUAUCCGACGCGCACCCGCUUGUAACUGACUUUGGUGAGGCGUUUUCCCCCGCUUCCGAAGCUCGUCUUGGGCAUGACUGUCAUACGCCAAACGCGUUUCGGGCUCCAGAAGCCAAGUUCGAAUCGCAAAUGCCGCUGUCAUAUCCCUCAGAUAUCUGGAGUCUGGCUACAGCAAUAUGGGAGAUUAUCGGAAUGAAGGCCAUAUUUAGCACCGAUUUUGUGGAUGAGGAUCAGAUAGCGGCUCAGCAGGUCGAUGUACUAGGACCUAUGCCCUCGGAAUGGUGGCAGCGCUGGGAAGCACGAUCUCGAUUUUUCGAUGAGUAUGGACAUCCAAUGGAGUCCUAUAAGAUGAAUAAAUGGCCUCCACUUGAGGAAUCAUUUGAGAUCGGUGUGCAGAAAUGGAGAUGGAAGAUGGGAGGGGAGAUUGAGGAAGACGAGAAAGCUGCGUUUCUAGAUCUGAUGCGCCGGAUGCUCUCAUUCCGCCCAGAAGAGCGACCGACUGCUGAAGAGGUGCUCAUGUCGGAUUGGAUGGUUAAAUGGGCAUUACCUGAUUGUCAACGGAAAUAA